GUGGACAAGGAAAGCUCAGAGGUUCUCAGUGGUCAGUCUGCCCAGCAGACACACCUGGAGUCCAUAUUUAUGAUCCUGGAGGAUGACAUCAUCACUUUUGUGAAGAAUGAGCUGAAGAAGAUCAAGACCGUUCUUAGUCCAGAUUACCCAGAAUGCUUUGAGAGACAGAAACUGGAUGAAGAUGAGCAGAAGUGGAGCAGCAAAGAGGCAUUGGUGAGGAUCACAUUGAACUCACUGAGGAGAAUGAAGGAAGAGGAGCUGGCUGACCAUCUACAGAGCAAAUAUCUUGCUGCUGCUUGUCAGCGUGAACUUAAAUCUAAGCUGAAGAAGAAGUUCCAGUGUGUGUUUGAGGGGAUCGCCAAAGCAGGAAACCCAACCCUUCUGAAUCAAAUCUACACAGAGCUCUACAUCACAGAGGGAGGGACUGAUGAGGUCAAUAAAGAACAUGAGAUCAGGCAGAUUGAAACAGCAUCCAGGAAAACAGACAGACCAGAAACAAUAAUCAGACAAGAAGACAUCUUUAAAGCCUCACCUGUAAGAGAUGAACCAGUCAGAACAGUGCUGACAAAGGGAGUGGCUGGCAUUGGGAAAACAGUCUUAACACAGAAGUUCAGUCUGGAUUGGGCUGAAGACAAAGCCAACGAGGACAUCCAGUUCAUAUUUCCAUUCACUUUCAGAGAGCUGAAUGUGCUUAAAGAGGAAAAGUUCAGUUUGGUGGAACUUGUUCAUCACUUUUUUACUGAAACCAAAGAAGCAGGAAUCUGCAGCUUUGAAGACUUCCAGGUUGUGUUCAUCUUUGAUGGUCUGGAUGAGUGUCGACUUCCUCUGGACUUCUACAACACUAAAAUCCUAACUGAUCCUAGAAAAUCCACUUCACUGGAUGUGGUGUUGAUAAACCUCGUCAGGGGGAACCUCCUUCCUUCUGCGCACCUCUGGAUAACCACACGACCUGCAGCAGCCAAUCAGAUCCCACCUAAAUGUGUUGACAUGGUAACAGAGGUCAGAGGUUUCACUGACCCACAGAAGGAGGAGUACUUCAGAAAAAGAUUCAGAGAUGAGAGGCAUGGCAACAGGAUCGUCUCCCACAUCAAGACAUCACGAAGCCUCCACAUCAUGUGUCACAUCCCAGUCUUCUGCUGGAUCACUGCUACAGUUCUGGAGGAUGUGCUGAGAACCAGAGAGGGAGGAGAGCUGCCCAAGAACCUGACUGAGAUGUACAUCCACUUCCUGGUGGUCCAGGCCAAAGUGAAGAAGGUCAAGUAUGAUGGAGGAGCUGAGACAGAUCCACAUUGGAGUCCAGAGAGCAGAAAGAUGAUUGAGUCUCUGGGAAAACUGGCUUUUAAACAGCUGCAGAAAGGAAACCUGAUCUUCUAUGAAUUUGACCUGACAGAAUGUGGCAUCGAUAUCAAAGCAGCCUCAGUGUACUCAGGAGUGUUCACACAGAUCUUUAAAGAGGAGAGAGGACUGUACCAGGACAAGGUGUACUGCUUCAUCCAUCUGAGUGUUCAGGAGUUUCUGGCUGCUCUUCAUGUCCAUCUGACCUUCAUCGACUCUGGAGUCAGUCUGCUUGAGGAAGAAGAAGCAACCCCUCAGAAGUCUGAAACAAAGGGAUCUGUUAGGAAGCACUUCUACCACAGUGCUGUAAAUAAGGCCUUAGAGAGCCCAAAUGGACACCUGGACUUGUUCCUCCGCUUCCUCCUGGGUGUUUCACUGCAGAACAGUCAGACUCUCCUACGUGGUCUGUUGACACAGACAGAAGGUAGCUCACAGACCAAUCAGGAAACUGUCCAGUACAUCAAGGAGAAGCUCAGUGAGAAUCUGUCUGCAGAGAAAAGCAUCAAUCUGUUCCACUGUCUGAAUGAACUGAAUGAUCAUUCUCUAGUGGAGGAGAUUCAACAGUCGUUGAGAUCAGGAAGUCUCUCCACAGAUAAACUGUCUCCUGCUCAGUGGUCAGCUCUGGUCUUCAUCUUAAUCUCAUCAGAAAAAGAUCUGGAUGUGUUUGAUCUGAAGAAAUACUCUGCUUCAGAGGAGGCUCUUCUGAGGCUGCUGCCAGUGGUGAAAGCCUCCAACAAAGCUUUACUGAGUGACUGUAACCUCUCAGAGAGAAGCUGUGAAGCUCUGUCCUCAGUUCUCUGUUCUCAAUCUUCUGCUCUGAGAGAGCUGGAUCUAAAUAACAAUGACCUGAAGAGUCCGGGAGUGAAGCUUCUGUCUGAUGGACUGAAGAGUCCAUACUGCAAACUCCAAACUCUCAGGUCAGGGUUCAGACUUUUCCACUGAUGAAAAUUUAAAAUCUGAGUUAUAUUAUAGCAUAAACAGCUACCUUUAAAUUUAAAUCUAUUUGCAUUUGUGAAUCAGUUACAAAAAGUAAGUGUUUUGGGGGCAUUAAUGGAAAGGAUUGCGGGUGAGACCGUGGAAGCCUAGUCUAGUCUGAGUGAGG